AUGGGCUUUCCUGAUCCUACUCAAGAGGAUGUCUUUGAUUAUGGCCUCUAUCUUCUGGACAAAGUCCUUACUGGAAUGGGAAAGCGCCUCAUUGACUAUCCUCCUAUGCCUUUGCCUCUGCAAGAUUGGAACCAAGCUGCAAAUGUGCUUCUUCAGAAUGAGCUCAACCAUAAUUAUGUGGCUCUUUGGGAACAGGUGGAGACUAAUCUAUUGACCUUCAAUGCUGAGCAGAGGAAUGCCUAUGAUGCUGUUAUGCAGUCAGUCCAGUCCAACCAAGGCCAAGUCUUCUUUCUGCACAGUGCUGGAGGUGGUGGAAAGACCUAUGUUUGCAACACCAUUGCUGCCUCUGUCCGCUCUCAAGGCAAGGCUGCUCUUUGUGUUGCUUCUUCUGGCAUUGCCUCCUUGCUUCUGGAUGGUGGUCGCACUGCUCACUCUCGCUUCAAAAUCCCCAUUGAGGGUCUCAAUGAGCGCUCCUCUUGCUCUUGGGAGAAAAACUCUGACUUUGAUGGACUUAUUCAUCAGACUGGGGUGGUCAUUUGGGAUGAGGCACCAAUGCAGCAUCGCUAUGGAAUUGAAGCCGUUGAUCGCACUCUUCAGGAUCUCAUGGACAACCCUGCUCCUUUUGGUGGUGUUACUGUGUUGUUUGUUGGAGACUUUCGUCAGACCUUGCCUGUGGUUCCCAAAGGAAGCAGAGAGCAGAUUGUGGCUGCAUCUUUGCGCAAGUCCUCACUCUGGAAUCACAUCCAACUUCUCACUCUCAAACAAAACAUGCGCCUAGACCAGACUCCUGAGAGCAAUGCCUUUGCUCAAUGGCUCCUCAAUGUUGGUUCUGGCCAUAACCUUGGUGAAGACAAGUCUAUUGAACUUCCUCCCAACAUGCAUCUUGAUAACAACACUAAGCAGUCCUUGAUUGACUUUAUCUAUCCUGAUAUCUCUGAUCAGCACCCCAAACCAGACCACUUCUUCCUUGACCGUAUGAUUCUUUCUGGGCGCAAUGACACUGUUGCUGAGAUCAACAAGGAGAUUCUGGCCAAGUUUCCUGGAGAAGACAAGCUCCUAACCACAUCUGUAUUGGUUACCAAGAAGCUGUUGGUGGUGCCUUGA